CAUGAGUAUUCCUUGUUACAAGAUAUUUCCGUUGGUAUUGAACCUUUUGACCUUGACAUUUGACCUACUUUUAAUUUUUUUUUUUACAUUGGUCAUAACUUCUGAAUGGUAAAUAUUAGAGCUUUCAUAUUGUAUAUGAGCAUUUCUUUUGAGAAGAUCUUUCUACUGGUACCAAAAUAUUUGCCCUUGUGACAUUGGCCAUCUUUGGAAUUGGCCAUUAUCGGGGGUACAUAUUUGUGUUUCACAAACACAUCUUAUUUAUAAUUAAUCAGAGUUAACUCCUUAGAGUUCACUCCUUUUAUGCCGACCAGCAACUCAUCAUCAACAUAUAUAAAGAAAGAUAACUCUCAUGUAAUGAAAGUGACAUGCACGUCUUCAGUACAUGCUUACAAGAGCAUGUGUAACGAGGAAGCUUCCUUUUCCAACUUGUAGCUGCUGCGAUUAAGACGUGUUUAACAUUCGAAUCUGCAGGCAAUCUCUAAUGCGUAUCCUUGUCGACACCAACAACGGUCUCACUUGUAGGUAUACUGUAGGUAAAACUGGACAGUACGGUAGGUCCCUAAUUUUCCUUUUUAGUUCGAUGAUGCUGCAUUGAAUUCCUGAUGUUUGCUUAAGCCUGCGUCUGAGUUUCGGUCAUGCCUCAUGGCGUCGCCAUUUUGAAAAAACGUGCGAAUUCAAUUUCAUUUACAAUUUAGCUAUUAGUUAUCAAUUAAUAAGUAUUAAUUACAAUUUCCUUUAUGAUUACUGGAGUUAGAUAUAAUUAUAAAUAUAAACAGAUACAUGUAUAUAUAAUUUAUAAAAGUUACUGUAGUUCAUCAUGAUCCGAGUUAAACGGAGGGCCAGGAACGCUCCAUAUAUUGGUCCAGUGGCUGGGACUAGAGGAGCCGCAUCCAGGACUACGACGGCUCACGCCUCAGCCAGACCUACAACGGUGACAACUCACAUGGCCACUGACCUCCCUACUCAGCCUAGCCUGCCAGUUAUCCCUCUAAGCACUCCGCCAGUUGUGGACCCUCAUCAACAGGUUAUGGCUAACUUCCCAAUUAAUGAAAACAGGGGAGAACAAAUUUCAGUGGGACCGCUUCAAAUCCCUUGCCCCACAGGCAGAGAAAUAUCCGUCACGGAUACCUCCAGCAAUAUGGCAAGUCUUGAGUAUCGAAUAGAAGCACUUUUAGCAGCAGCAGUUUCCAAAAACACCGCGACUACUUAUAGCAGGGAUCUAGACUCAUUUACAGAAUUUCGAUCUAAGUACAACCUUCCAUCAUAUUGGCCACCUUCUGUGGACCAAAUUGUUUAUUACUUAGCUUAUCUACCAGCAAAGAACAUAUCAUUUUCCACAGCAAAAUGCUACUUAAGCGGGCUAAGUUACCAUUUGCAAAUUCAAGGUAAAUACCAGCUUAGUAUAGUGUCUCCCUCAAGAAAAUGA